AUGGCGCCCAACCUGUUUCUCUGCCUGCGCACUAUCUUCUGUCCUACCUACUGGUUCCAGCGUGGACACCGCAUCCAAGGCUCAAUCGCCCGCGAAGAGCACUGGGACUCUCCCGUCCCGGGCAUCUACAAGUACAUCCCCAGUCAAGGAUGGCAUCUCGUCUGCCGCGACAGCAGCGACUACGAUGAGAAAGUCCCCGCCCCUGUUGUCUACUGCCGGAUCCUACACCGGUACAUUUUUGAGGACGAAUUCGACGAACGAUGCCGCUGGGAUACUGUGAUUCUGGAUGAUGGCCAAACCGAAAAGUUUCUCUUCUUCCAGCUCGACGACGGAUUCACCUAUGUUGCCGGAUGGGACUCGAAGGGGAAGUUCAUCCCCGGUCCGUACCAGCGCUGGUACCGUGACCCGGUCACCAAGUCUAUGCAAAAAGCCCUCUUCCCUCCGAGCUCGAACGUUUCCCGAGUGAGCAUCAUCCCGGACAAGCUCAACUAA